AUGGGCUUCAUAUCCACCCUGUCACGCUGCAUGCGAAAGAACCGUCUCUCCAAAAGACACUCAACAACAAGCACCAAACUCCACGACGAAGACUCAAACGACCUAAUCAAAACAACCUCUGAAACAGCCUCUCUGAACCGCGCAAGCAUGGAUUCCACCUCAACCAUGGUCCACCACUCGUUCCACGAGCCAGUCCUACCAUGCGAAGCACCAGCGAACCGUAUGCAGAUCAGGACAGAUAAUGGGAAUAUGCGAACUUUGUUCGACGGGAAUACUACGUCCAACCCGCCGAUAGAUCGCGCGACCAGGGCGCUGGCCAGACCCGCGUAUCCGGUUUUGAAAUUGGAUUGUCGGUCGCCUGUUGAUUCGCCGAGGAGGGUGCUGAUGGAGCCUUUGGAGAUGGGAAGGGAUAAAAACACGAGCAAAGCCUCAGAUGAUGCUGGUGGUUAUCCGGGAAAGGGUGCUUCGUCUACGACAACGGCCCAGAAGGGCUUUUCGUCUGCUGAGAAAUGUGUGGCUGAGAAGAAGGAUAAGAGGUCUAUGACGGCUUUGUUGAGGAAACAUUGUGGGUUGAAUAUUCCGCGCUCGUCGAUCUCGGUUAAGACGUCGCGCAGUCUACAGUCGCCGAAAUGGUUGGAUUCUGCUGGGGUUACGGAGGAGGAGAGUUUGGUGGAUAAGAAGGAUGAGAAGUGGGUGGAGGGCGGUUUGCAUGAUAAGAAGAGGAGGAAUAGUGUAUGGGGUGGUGUUGGGUUUGGGAGACUGGGGUAG